CUCCAUUAUAAUGAAUAAAAACGACAACAUCAAAUACUGACUCGCUUAGAAUGCAUGAAGAUACCACGCUGAUGCCCGUGGUUAUGGGAAAUCUUAGUUAUUGUGCCAAAUCGUGGGCCUACCCCCAUUAACAUUCAAUCAGUCAUCUCGGUGCCAGCCAAUGAAAGGUGGAGAGAGAUGGAGGAGGACGGAGCUGCUAGACGGAGCGUUUUGACGCGCUGAGAGGAGGACAGAGCGUCACAUCUCUCCAAACGCCCAGCAAACUUUCACCACAGCCUGUUAGAGAGGACCCAGUCCUCCGAAAGAGGCCUGUUUGAGACAAGGACGCGCUGGGUUCUUGGGCAGACGUGUGGACAGCGAUGGAGACAUUACUGGCGUUGACUUUUGGAACAGUUUGACCCUGCUGUGAAUCCUCCUCCCUGAAAAAAACAUCUUGUUCAGUUGUUUCCGUUCUUCUUUUGCGACAGAGCGACAGGGAUGGAGCAAGCACCCAGCGCGCCGAGCCCUCCUCCCAAACCGGCCCAUCACGAACCCAUCAGCUUCGGCAUCGACCAGAUCCUGGGAGCCGGUACAGAGCCAGAAAACGGGCGCACGGCUGGAAGACAAAGCGGAUCCGAUUUAAGCAACGCGGACGGUUAUUGUAGUUUAGGAAGCCCGACCGGGGCCAGCGCGCCCUCUUACACAGCGUUGUCUAUCUCCCUCUCCGGUAUAAUGCCUCCGGUGGAGGCUUCAGGUUCAUACGGGGAGAGCAGAAGUCUGGGCAGCCGGGGAGUGAUUCGAGUCCCGGCUCACAGACCCAUGACAGCCCCGGGACCCCCAGCCUCCGUCCAGAGCGCUGUUCCUGGGUUUGGAGGUCUAUGCUUCCCGUGGAUAGGAAACAGGUUCGCCAAGGACAGAAUAUCAGCGGCUCUGGUGCCGUUCGCUGUUACUCGGCGGAUAGGACACCCGUACCAGAACCGGACACCUCCCAAACGGAAAAAGCCGCGGACGUCCUUCUCCAGAGUUCAGAUCUGCGAGCUGGAAAAACGUUUCCACCGGCAGAAAUACCUGGCCAGCGCCGAGCGAGCAGCCCUGGCCAAGAGUCUGAAGAUGACAGACGCACAGGUCAAAACCUGGUUCCAGAACCGCAGGACGAAGUGGAGGAGACAGACAGCCGAGGAGAGGGAGGCGGAGCGUCAGCAGGCCAAUCGCCUCAUCCUGCAGCUGCAGCAGUCCGCCCUCCAGAAGUCCCUCAGCGAAUCAGCGGUGUCUGAUCCGCUGUGCGCCCAUAACUCCUCCCUGUACGCCCUGCAGAACCUCCAACCCUGGGCCGAGGAAAGGGAAUAGAGACCAGACACCACGCUGAAAUCAAUGAGCACCAUCUAUUAUCCCUGGGAGGAUAAAUAAAUUAAAUUAGGCCCACAUGAAGACAGUAUCUUUGGGACUUACUUUGAUCCAUGCGAUGGAGAAAAAAGGUUGGACAAGACAAACUGAAGAAUGGGUCACAGCAGUUUUUGGGUGGAUGGUUGUGAAACUGGACCUGAAAAGAUGGUGAGUGAUGUCUGUCUUGAAGCAGAAACAGAACUUUCUCGGACUACAUUUUCACAACUCUGUGG